AUGGCAAUCCCGGAAACCCUUCAUAAGUGGCGGUACCACCUCCUCGCCGCCGCCCUCGCCGUCGCCGCCGCCGUCGGCAUACCGCGCAUCCUCCCCAGUUUCCAAACCAUGCUCGGCUUUUUCGCUCCCCUACUGAUAUCCACUGCCCUAGUCCUCUCGAUCGUUCCGAUCAUUGCCCGCUACUCGCAGAAGCCGUCGGAAGCCACCGCCGGCGCGGUGGGGAGCGACAUUCUGGACUUCGUGGCCGGCAGCCACGUGGAGCUGCCCCCGCUGCUGGAGGACCGGCCGCCGCCACUGAUGCCGGUGGAGGAGAUCGCACCGCCGCCGCCAGUGGAAGAGACACCUCGGCAACCCCCGAUGAAGGAGACCCCCCCGCCGCCUCCGCUGAAGGAGACACCGCCACCGCCACCUCCGCCGUCCGAUGAGGCCGCGAACAACCUGAAAUCCCCGUAG